CAUCUGUAUAUAAUAUUCGUAUUCAAAACAUUAAUAUGUUCCCCAGCCCACCAUAACCAAUUCAAGACAAACUGGAUUUCCAAUCAUGGAGGGACUGAUUCCGAUGGUGUAUAAGAGCAUCAAAAGAAGCAUGACUGUAAAGGGACGCUAUCAAAGCUACAACAUCAAAGAAUUCUACCCAGAUGGAUACAAUUAUCACUACCCACAACAAGAAAAUAAAGACAAGCCUCAAGUCUCCACUACAAGAAGCAAGUCGACUCAUGGAAAUCUUGACAAUAACAAGAAACUUGUUCGAUUCAGAAGCCAUAGACUCCUCUCUUGCGUCACUGGUGGUGUCUAAAACACAAAAGUUAUAUACUUUGCUUAUCGUUUGUUAAUCUUGUUGUGUUCUUGUGUACAUACAUACUGUCUUUUGUUGUAUAUGCAACAAAAAUUAAUUGCAUAAAUAUAUGUAUAAGCUGUAAAAGGGCGUGAUUGUGUGAAUCUUGUCGAUAUUUACAAUGUUUGAAAUAGUGAGUUUUUGGAAUAUUAUGAGAUUGGUUCAAGGAGGGACAAGGAGCGACAUAAACAAUAUUACUUACAGUAUUAAAUAUCACAAAAAGCCAAUCUUAGCAUCAUUCGCCGAAGUAAUAUGUGUUAAUAUAUAACAAGCUGACAUAUUAAUUAGUGAGAUACGCAGAUUAUGGAUCGAAUAAUCAGAUUAUGCAGCAUCCUGAUCUUGAUGAAUCUGGUGGUGGUGAGCAUGGGUGGUGGGAUUGAUUAUGCGCCUCCAAUACACAACAAAUUAGAGAGCAAAAAUUUAUGCGACCAGUGUUCAACAUGUGAUCAUAAGACCAAAACAUGUCCAGCAAGUGAGGCCUACCCUCACAUGACUGCCUUUGACGACACCCUUAUUGCUGGAGCACUGCAGUCUGACUAUGUUAAUGCUAGUGAUAGAGGUGUUUACUCGGUGCCUAGUGUUGUGGGUGGCCAGUCUUUGGAGUACAAUGCCUAUUUUGGAUGGGAAUCCACUUCCGGCUCUGCUUCGGGUUUUCAUAGGUUCAGUAACUAUAUGGAUAAAUGUUCAGGGGGACAAAACUUCUUGACAGUUGACAAGCAUGGUGAAGUGAAGCUCCGGUCUUUGACUUCCUUGGAAAGCUUGGCUUUUGCAGAUUGGAAAUCGAUUAAUCCACCCAAGCAUUUGAACCACAGGCAGUUUAGAUUUUGGGUAUCUCGUGCUACUGGAAAAUGUCUCACAGUGUUUGGAGGUAAGACAAAGAAACGGGCUUUGGGUGUAGCCGAUUGCAAGUUUGAUGGAGGAAAUACGGGUCAACUAUUUGCCUUUCGCUUCCAUUAUCACUAUUCGUUUUGUUGUUGUGGUCGCUACAAUAGUUAA